AUGCUCAGCUCACCAUAUAACCUACACGCAAUGGAACUGUUUCAUUCCUCAGAUUUUCAGUCGCACGUGGAUGACCUUAUGGUAGAGCAUCAUGUACCUGGUCUGGCUAUCGCUAUCGUUCAAAACGAGACCACGGCCUCAGCUGGUUAUGGGAAAUCGUCACUCCAGCCGCCCAAAACAUGCACAGCAGACACACUGUUCGACAUUGCCUCCGCUUCGAAGUCCUUGACAGCUGCAUCUGUGGCGCUGUUAGUAAAUGACGAAAAGUAUCCCGAAGUGCAGUGGGAAGCGACCAUGUCAAGCCUUCUCCCUGGGGAAUUCGAGAUACCGGGUGUUACUGUUGAGGAUAUACUGAGUCACAGGAGUGGCAUGCCUUCAUCUAGCUACGACGACUCCUAUUUGGGUGUGAGAGCCGCAAAACCAGAUACUGCGCAGUCUGUUACAAGAAAUCUGCGCCAUUUGACUUGCUCUGCCCCCAUACGAUCAAAAUACAUGUACUGCAAUAUGAUGUACACAGUGGCAACGUACCUCGUUGAGAAGAAGACCGGGCUCUCCUUUUCAGACUUCCUUGAGCAUCAUUUCUUCCAACCAUUGGACAUGCGAUCGUCCAGUCUGCAGCCCGAGCGUGCACGUUCCAAAGGUCUUGGCGAUCGCAUUGCUACUGGCUACAAUUGGAAAGAAGACAUCAAAGAGUACGGCGACGGGUUUCAAACCCCAGACUGCCCCGAGGCUCAAGGUGCAGGGUCCAUUAUCACAAGUGUGAACGACUAUAUCAAAUGGGUCAAGGUCGUCAUGGACCACCAAGACCCCAUCACGGACAAUGUAUACAAAGGUCUUCUCAAACAGCGAAUAUCUCAAAACCCAGAUGCCGAAGACUUACGCCCGCUAACUUCACCAACAAUGUAUGGUGCUGGUUGGGAAAUCUUCUAUUACAGAGGUCAUCAGGUUGUAAGCCACGAUGGUCUGGUCCAGGGGUUCGGUUCGACCCAUUUCUUUCUUCCUGACUUCAAGUUCGGUGGCGCUAUCUUCGGAAACUCGGAUGCAGCAGGCGAAAUUGCCCUUAUUUUGAUGCGAGAAUUGAUUGAUGAGGUCCUAAAAGUACCGCAUUCUGAACGUCCCGACUGGACUAAAAUCGAGUCCGACCUUUAUCCGGAAAACAACGACAAUAACAUUGACGACAAGAUCGCAAAAUUGCGACAGAAAAUGUGUCCUGGUAUCCAGGAGUCCGAGCCACAGAAAAUGCCACUCUGCAACUAUACGGGCGAGUAUUGGAACCCGGGAUACCAUGGAAUGACUGUCCAGAUCAAAGAUGAUAAACUUUUUAUCAAUGCAGCAGAUAGAUCUUUUGGGUUUACCGUCAGAUUUGAUCAUGUCUGCCAGCAAAGCAAGUAUAUUGCACAUCUUAGCGGCGUUUUGGACGGCGGAGAUGAGCCUCUCAAAGCGGAGUUCAUAUUCAACAACAAUCGAGUUGUACGGAUGGGUCUGUAUCUUGAGGAUGAACUAGAGGAUCUCAUUUGGUUUGACAAGGUAGAAGAACAUAGUGAUUAG